CCCCGCUCCUGAUGGACGUCCGGGCCGCCCUUUCAAGUAUCCGGGUUCCGGAAGUCGCUGUGCGAGAAAGGUGUCCGUUUUUGUCUCGGCUUUCUGACAGCAAGCAACUCGGAAGUUGAACCACCUGAGCAAGUAGCCAUGAGGUUGUUGUCACUUUCGCUUCUUGGGGCACUCCUUGCCUAUGUCUUAUAUACCGUCGGACCCAACCUCUACCGGGCAGUGACCGUCAUGGGGGUGCUGCGCAAGUAUCCCGACGGCGCAGUCAUUAAUAAAGGCGAGGUGAUUGCCAUCCCAGACACGACCCAGUGCGAAGACCUCCACUACCAUGCCCCCAGCGGAACCAUCUUCACUGCUUGCGAGGACAAUGCCGAGACGAGGUUCAAGUGGUUACCUCCGCUCGCCAACUUUGACAGUCCCGAGUUGGCAAGCAAGAGCCGGGGCUCAAUUCAUGUAAUUGACCCAAAGACCAUGAACUCUCGCAGGCUCGAGUUUGAGAACUUUGAUGGCCCGUUCAUCACCCACGGCAUCGAUGUGAUUGCCGACGAGGAACGGCCAGAGGGCGAGGCUGUUUACAUCUUUGCCAUCAACCACGUUCCCGAGACUCAGCCGUCUGGCGAAAAGGGGCCGUAUGCCCGCUCGCAGCUCGAGCUCUUCCACCACUUUAUCGGCUCCUCGUCCGUCAAGCACCUCCGCUCCAUCUGGCAUCCCCUGAUAACGACGCCCAACGACAUCUUUGCUCAGAGCCCGUACUCGCUCUAUGUGACCAACGACCACCUGUACCGGCACCAUGGAUUAAUGCGCACCCUUGAGGAUUUCUACCCCGGAGCGAAGUGGACCGGAAUCAUCCACAUCCAGCUCGAGUCCCUGACGGCGGCGGCGCCCACCGCCGGCGUUGCGGCCGAAGUUGCGCUAUCCGGUAUACACAACACCAACGGUGUUGGCCAUGGGAGGUCGGACCGCGAGAUCUUGAUCUCGAGCUGCACCAGCGGCGUUCUCCACUUCGGACGAGUCCCGGCAGGUGGAUCGGGCAACAUCACCAUCGUCGACUCGGUCGAGAUCGACCACGUCGCCGACAAUCCCAGCUAUUUCUCGGACCCCUAUGCCACGCCCGGCGACGACCGGAGCGGUUUCCUCGAGACCGGGUUGUCGAGAGCCGUCGAUAUUGCAAAGACCAUGAGGGACCCGGCAGCCAAGGAACCCGUCAUGGUCACGUACCUGAGGCAAGCUUCUCCCGGUCGCUGGGAGAAGCGGGUCCUCCUGGACGACGAUGGUACCACGCUCAGAAGCGGCAGUGCCGCAGUCCUGGUACCUAUCAAACCGUCUGAGGCAGGGAGCGCCGAGGGACCACGACAGGCUUGGCUCUUUGCAACCGGGUUUCUGUCCAACAACGUCAUUGCUGUCAAGGUCGACCUCUAAGGCACCGUACAUGUAAUAAUUAAUUAAUCACAAUGUAAUUAGAUCGAAUUGUAAUCCAGCACUGAUGCAAGACUUUUGCCAAAUCCCAUUCUAUACCCGAUAUUUUUUUUAUGUCUUUGCCAGCUCCCGAAUCCGCGUCGAAUACCAUUGCUGCCAUACUA